GCUGUCGAUCCAUCCAGUUCACUCCACGGUGUAUAUAUGCUGUGCUACUGCUGCAGCUCAUUGGGCAUUCCAUCGAGUUAGGCAGUGUGUCGUCGGCGGCAGCAGGCAGGGGAAUACUCUUGGCGGCGGUGGUGAUCUGACGAGCGAGGAGCCAUGGACCAGUUCGUCCCUGCUGACUGGACCUGGAGCACCAACAAUGGAGACGCCUUUGCGCCAUCGUGCGCCCAAGACGACGGCCUCGUCGAGCUGCUGUGGUCCAACAGCAACGUCAUCAUGCACAGCCAGCCGCCGCCGCCGUCGGUGCGGGGGCUCGAGUCGGCCUUCGUAGACGACGACAGCUCACCCGAGAUGGAGCUCUUCUCGGAAAUCUUUUGCCAAACGCCGGCAGACGCCGGCCGCAGCAGCACAGGCAAGCGGAAGCAGAGAGAUGCCGCCGGGAGCCCCAGCGAGGUUACGCGGGACGUGGAGUCCGAGUCCGCUGCCGAGACUAAGUGCCAGCCGGAGCCAUCGUCGGGCAAACGGCGGCGCGCCGCCCAAGUGCACAACCUCUCGGAGAGGAUGAGGAGGGACAGGAUCAACGAGAAGAUGAGGGCUCUGCAAGAACUCAUUCCCCACUGCAACAAAACGGACAAGGCGUCGAUGCUGGACGAGGCGAUCGACUACCUCAAGUCGCUGCAGCUGCGGGUGCAGAUGAUGUGGACGACUGGUGGCGGCAUGCCGGCGUCGGCGCCUCCGAUGUUCCCGGCGAGCGGCGCCCAUCGGUACAUGCAGCGGAUGGCCUCCAUGCGUUCCAGGAUGCCGCCGUUCAGGACUAAUGUAUACAGUAAUUCAAAUGGCACAAAAAGAUGAGUUACUAGCCUUUUUGUGAUAGGUGAUCGGAGUAUCUGAUAUUUCUAGGCAUGGCAGCUUCGUGAGUUUGACAAGUACCAGCGUACCAGUUUUGAAAGCCAAAUUUUUUCUCCUCAAAUCCUAUCAAAAUAAGAUUCAGUCUUAAUGAUCUCGAGGACACUACAACAGCUUAGGCAGGCCCCAGUGAUUUUAAACGCCGAGGCAUGUGUCUAAUCGCACUGACUGAGCAAAUAAAAGCCUUUAAAGAUAA